AUGGCUGGGACGCGUAAUUAUGACUUCCUGAUCAAGCUCUUGCUGAUCGGCGACUCUGGAGUCGGGAAAUCAUGUUGUUUGCUGCGGUUCAGUGAGGACUCCUUUACGCCAUCCUUCAUUACUACAAUCGGCAUCGACUUCAAGAUCAGGACGAUCGAGCUGGAUGGCAAGAGGGUCAAGCUACAAAUUUGGGACACGGCAGGACAAGAGAGAUUCAGGACCAUCACCACUGCUUAUUACAGAGGUGCAAUGGGGAUACUACUGGUCUACGAUGUUACUGAUGAGCGUUCCUUCAACAAUAUCCGAACCUGGUUCUCAAACGUUGAGCAACAUGCGACAGAGGGGGUGAACAAGAUCCUUAUCGGAAACAAGUGUGAUUGGGAAGACAGACGUGUGGUUUCUACGGAACGGGGACAGCAGUUGGCAGACGAGCUCGGCAUCCCAUUCCUCGAAGUCUCGGCAAAGAGCAACAUCAACGUCGAGAAAGCUUUCUACAGUUUGGCGGCAGAUAUCAAGAAGAGAAUUAUCGAUACGGCGAAAACAGAUCAAUCGACAAGCCAGGGUGUAGAUGUUGGAGCACAAGGAAAUGGAAAUGGUUUGGGAGGCAAGUGCUGCUAG